CGCAAUCUCUGCCAUCACGUGACUACGCGCAACGUAGCUUUCCUGUCUUUCAGCUGACCAAACGGUCAAUAUUGCUGCUUCUUUUACACAGUCAGUAUGGAAGCCCUUCUCGUCUAAUCUCCGCGCACGCGCGACAUCUUUGUUUUUUUUUUCUGUGUUUCUGCUGAGCAGACGAGGAACGUUGUCCUGUGCCUCACGAGGCCGGGUCAUCCAAUAGUGCACCAGGAGCCACCGUCGUCGUCCAGUCUGUGCACUCGCUUCACUCGAGUAUAGCGGCUGUCGGAAACAAGCCAUACACUUCGCACAUCAACUUCAGCUUGUGUACUCUCAAAGGUUCCGCGAUCUAAAGCAAAAUGGGGAGGGUGUUAUUCAUCGCCGUAGCUGCAGUCGCAGCUCUAAUACCAGCCGCUGUGCCCGAGUGCCAUAGAAGGGACUAUGGUCACGGAAGCGUCGUGUGCGUUUGCAACGCGACGUACUGCGACUUCGCCGGUGACAUCGGGCUCCCGCCGAGCGGGUCAGCAUUCGCGUUCGAGAGCAGCAAGGACGGCCUACGCUUCGCGAAGACCACCAUACCUCUCAGCAGGGUGCCAGCUCAAGACACAAGGGCCAACGACACGCUCCUGCUCGUGUUGGACUCUUCAAAAACGCACCAAAUUGUGUACGGUUUCGGAGGUGCCUUCACCGACGCCGCGGGAAUAAACGUGAAAUCUCUCCCGGAGAAGUUGCAAGACGACCUUAUCAAGUCUUACUACGCAAAAGAAGGUAUUGCGUACAACAUGGGCAGGGUACCUUUGGCGAGCACUGACUUUUCUGAACGCAAGUACACUUACGACGACACCCCCGGUGACUUGGAGCUGACCAACUUCACACUCGCCCAGGAAGAUCUGGAUCUCAAGAUCCCAUACAUCAAAAAGGCCACGUCCCUGGUAGCUGGGCCCGUGCUGUUGAUCGGAAGCGCUUGGAGCAGUCCAGCGUGGAUGAAGACCUCCAACUCACUCGAGGGGGAAGGUGUUCUCAUAGGCGAACCAGGAAGCGCCUACUACAAGUCAUGGGCAAAGUACUACGUCAGGUUUUUGCAGGAAUAUGAGCGUCACGGCAUUCGUUUCUAUGGCGUGACGGCGCAGAACGAACCGACGACAGGUUUUACGCCCGCCGCUAGCUGGCAGACCCUGGGCUUUACGGCGCAAACUCAGAAGGAGUUCAUCAAGCUUGACAUGGGGCCGGCACUGGAUAUGGCCGGUUAUGGCGCGGACAACCUUCAGUUGCUGAUCUUCGACGACAGUAACGCCAGUCUUCCUCAGUGGUCCAAUGCGGUGCUGACUGAUCCCGAGGCGGCCGAGUACGUACGCGGAGUCGCCGUCCACAGGUACACGGACAAAUCCGUUAGUCCCGCGGGUCUUGACCACGUGCACGAUAACUUCCCGGACAAGUUCAUCUUGAGCACCCAAGCCUGCGCUGGCUCUGCGGCUAAGCCCGAAGACAGGGUCCUGCUGGGCAGCUGGGAGCGCGCCGAGGAAUACGCGAGCAACAUCAUCGAGGACUUUAACCAUUGGGUUAACGGCUGGAUUGACUGGAACCUUGCGCUAAACACUGAAGGCGGCCCUAGCUGGGCUCAAAAGUUCGUCGACUCACCCAUAAUUGUGAACGCCACUGCUCAAGAGUUCUACAAGCAGCCAAUGUACUACGCUUUGGGCCAAUUCAGCAAAUUUCUUCCAAUGUCCACUGCAAGGGUGGAAUCACAUCUGGAGCAAGCGCAUUCCCAUGACACGCCUGCGACAAAUCUCGAAUACACAGCGUUUUUUACGCCGAAUGCCGGAAUUGUUGUGAUCGUCCUGAAUAAAGACGACAAGAAAUACACCUUGAAGAUAAAAGACGUGUAUCGUGAGGGAAGCGUCCAGAAGGUCAUCAACGAGCGGUCGAUAACUACGUUUGUCUGGAGGGCAGGAAAACCGCGCCCUGCUCAAUAAAUGAUUGAUGAGUUGCGUUCUGUCCACGCUUCUU